AUGCACAGACAACUCUUAUCUUGCAGCAGCAGCAGCAGCAGCAGCAGCAGCAGCAGCAGCCGCAGCAGGAGCAGCAGCAGCAUACUCAGCAGCAGCAAAAGCAGCAGCAGCAUAAGCAGCAGCAGUAGCCUGCCGAUGGGUUCCUUGCUGCUGCCCCAGCAGCAGCAGCAGCAGCACCAGCACCAGCAACAGCAGCAGCAGCAACAGCAGCAGCAGCAGCAGCAGCAGCAGAUCUCUCGUAAGCUGCUGCCGCAGCUGCUGUUACUGGAGAGGGUUAUAGCAGCAAGAAGCCCCACUGAGUUGCUGCGGCUGCUGCAGCAGCAGCACAAACACAUCAACGCGGAUGCUGCUGCUGCUGCUGUCAUCCGAUUCGCCAAAAUGCAGCAGCAGCAGCAGCAGCAGCAGCAGCAGCAGCAAACGAUUCAAAUGAACGAACAGUUUCACCGGUUGCUGCUGCUGCUGCAGCUGCAGCUGGCUCUCGGGGGCGGCCUGCGUCUCUGCAACUUGGCGAACAUCCCCUGGGCCUUCGCGCGGCUGCAGCUCAGCAGCAGCAAACACAAAACCCUCGCCGAAGAAAUCCUGCGCCAAGUCGAGUCCCGUCUCCUGCAGCCGCAUCAGGAGCAGCAGCACGGCCAGCAGCAGCAGCAGCAGCAGCAGCAGCAGCAGCAGCUGCUGGCGCUGCAGCAGCUGCGUUGCAGCGGUUUGUGUUUGCUGCUGUGGGGGUUUACUAAGGCGAAGGCAACGGAAGGGUUUUGGGUUUCUCUUGCUGCUGCUCUGCGGCAAAAACUGCAUCUCUUUAACCCCCAUGAGGUGGCGAGUUUGUUAUAUUCCUUCGCCAGGGCUAAAGACAGACGGGCUGUAGCAGCAGCAGCAGCAGCAGCAGCAGCAGCAGCAGAAACAGAAGCAGCAGCAGCAGCAACAGCAACAACAACAGCAGCAGAAACGGAAGCAGCAGCAGCAAAAGCAGAAACCGAGAUAGCUGCAGCAGCAACAGAGACAGCAGCAACAGAUACAGCAGCAACAGAAACAGCAGCAGCAACAGAAACAGCAGCAGCAACACAAACAGCAGCAGCAACAGCAGCAGAAGCAACAGAGCCGGAACCAGCAACAGGCGCAGCAACAGCAACGACGACACCAACAGCAGCAGCAGCAUUAGAACCAGCAGCAGCAGCAGCAGCAGCAGCAGUUCCUGCAGCAGCAGCAGCAGCAGCAGCAGCAGGCAGCAGGCAGUGUUUGUUGUCGCUGCUGGCUGAGAGAGCUGCUGCUCUCGCUGCUGCAAUGAAGGGCCGCAGCAUCAGCACUGCAGCUCUUGCUCUAACUCACCUAGCAUCCAGCAUCAACAGCAGCAGCAGCAGCAGCAGCAGCAGCAGCAGCAGCAGCAGCAGCAGCAGCAGCAGCAGCAGCACGAUAAGCAGCAGCAUUGCUGCCAGCAAGGCCGCCUUUAUGGCUGGUGCUGCAGCACAGAUAAUCGCCAAGGCCCAUACCUUUGACCCGCAGGUGCGUCGCAGCAGCAGCAGCAGCAGCAGCAGCAGCAGCAGCAGCGGCAGCAGGAGUGGUGCGAGCAAGACUAGCGUUGAUUCGUAUUCUAUAGAGUACCAGCAGCAGCAACAACAGCUGCUGCAGCAGCAACAGCAGCAGCAGCAGCAGCAGCAGCUGCUGCAGCUGUUGGGGGCAACACUAGACAGCCUUGCUGCUGCGCUGCAGAAGCAGCAGCAGCACCUGCAGCCGCAGGGACUCUGCAUUGGCUGCUUGGUGCUGAGCCGCACCAAAUGGAGAGACAAACACCACCUCUUUAAAACACUAGAAAACCAAGGUUUCUGCGUUGUUGCAGCUGUUGAAGCUUAA